GUGUGUUAGGUUACAAAGUCAGAAGGAACGAGGGAAUAAACGAAUCGUGUUAAUUAAUUUGUGUCAAUACGUGAUCGUUACAUGUUCGUAAAUGUACAAAAAGAUUUAAAUUUGUUUAGUAAUGUAAUACGACGAAGAAAAAGUGCGCUUUGAUUUGGAGGAGAGAAGACGAAAUUCUUUUCAUCAAUCUAAGACAAAAUUCAUUUUCAUAACGUACAGAGAAGAAGAAGAAGAAGAAGGAAAAAAAACGAAGAAGCAUCGAAUAUUUUUUACAAAAUAUGGAAAUUCGACGUUCAGGAGAAAUGUCGAGUCCAAAAAGUGUCGGCGUUGGAGGACAAGUUCGUGAAGGGACAAGAGUUGUUCUUCGGGAAAUCACAGCAAUGCUUCACAAUUCACCACCAAGCCAAACUUCUCCUCGUCGUAAGAGUGGCAACGACACAACCAAUAGCACUUUCUCCAAGGUAGCAGCCGAGCACGAGGUGAAGGUGCGUUUCGCGCGUGAAUUCGCGGACGCAGAUUUGGUGACGUAUUCAACACCCGAGAGCUUUUCCUCAGAGAGCAGUUAUUACAGCAUUGGUAGUACGCAGAGCAUUAAGAACAGCGGUAUCAGUUCCGAUACCGAUGAUCUCAACAACUCUCAACUAUUCAAGGUCGCAGACUCUUCUUAUGUGGAUAGUAAUAUACCAGGUCUUAAUGAACUAAUUCGUGGUUGUGCUGAUAUUCAAAUCGAUUCUAAUGUAGAGGAAGUCACUUUGUCUAAUUCUAUUUAUGAAUCUCCUGAUAAUACUUUGAUUCAAACCUUCAACUCGGCCAUUGAUGAUACCAAUGUUAUCCUUGACAAUAAGUCACUCGUCAAGUGUAACUUAAAUGAGACACGUGCGGUCGAAAACGGUUUAGCAACACCGUUGAAUGUCACGCAUUCCCUUGUAAAUUCUUCUCAGACUCAAGAAGAAUUACAGAAACAUUUUAUUCGUGACGAUAUACCUCAAACAUCUUUGCACUUGGAAGUGAAUGUAUCUACGGAGGAAGAUAUUGCUGUCAACGAACAAGGAAGUGAACAGGAUCUGAAAGAAUCCAAAGUUGAAAGUGUAAAACUUACUUUAGAGACAUCUACGCCAAGAUCAGUUUCUCCUGUUGAUUAUAACGAAGCUGAGAGUGGCAGAAUAGAAGAUAUAUGUAUUGAUACAAAUGAUAGGGAAACAGAUUCAUGUAAUGUAGAUGAGAAAAAAGCUGAUGUAGAUAAUACAAGCGAAACAGAUACAAAUAAUACUUGUACUAUUCAAGCAAUUACAGAUAUUGUAAGUGAAAAUAUAAAUACUAGUACAGAUGAAAAGAAACCAGAUAGAAAUAAUUUAAAUAAUAAUAUAGCAGAUGCUCGUAACAUCAAUGAAAAUAAAACGGAUACAGAAAAUAAUAUAGAUGAAUAUAAAAUUGAUACGACAAUUAAUAUAGAUGAAUAUAAAAUUGAUACGGCAAUUAAUAUAGAUGAACAUAAAAUUGAUACGACAAUUAAUAUAAAUGAACAUAAAAUUGAUACAACAAUUAAUAUAAAUGAACAUAAAACUGAUACAAUUCAUAUAGACGAAUAUAUUAAAACUGAUACAACAUUUAAUAUAGAUGAUAAUAAAACAGAUAUAAAUUAUUUAAAUGAAAAUGAAACGGAUAAAAAUAAUAUAGAUGAACAUAAAACUGAUACAACAUUUGAUAUAGAUGAAAAUAAAACAGACAAAAAUAAUUUAGAUGAAAAUAGAAUAGAUACGAAUAAUAUAAAUGGAAAUAAAAUAUAUAAAGAAGAUAUAGUUGAAAAGAAAACUGAUGAGGAUAAUAUAGAUAGUAACAAAAAAAGUACAAGUAAUACAGGCACAGAUGAGGUAUUGGAUGAGACGCUCACUUUGUCAGAUGAUACUUAUUUAAAUCUUGAUUCUUUAAAUGAAGUUGAGCAAUACGAAGAAUUUAAGCCACAGAGACAGAGUACUACAUUGUCUAAUGAUGAUGCUACUUGUUGUUCUUUAAAAAAAUUAGAAUUAGCAGCAGGAGAAAUUGCAGAUGACAUUUUCAAAUCUCCUUUAGAAUUUGAAGAUGAUGUUUUUGUUAAUCCUGUGUUAGAAAUAUUCCAAGACCCAACGUCUUUUGAUUUUCUUUCGGCAAGAGGAAAUUCAGAAAGCGCAACUCGCCUUAGGAAUGAAUCCUUGUAUAUCAAAUUUGAUCCUCUGUUAGCCAAUGUCAGUAUGUUACCUCAAGGAAACAGUCAAGUUUUUAGUACCCCUCCCAGUGGUACGAUUCACAAAUUAGAAGAAAUUCAAGACAAAAAUGAUGAACCUAUACAAGUAACUAAAUCUGAUACAAAGGAAGUCGACGAUAUAGACGGAACGGAGAAAUUAGAGUUACUACGUGCGACUGUGUCGCAAUUGGAAAAAGAAUUGGAGAAACAGAAAAAAGAAUAUGAAUCAAAAUUGGAAAAACAAAAGGCAACUUCUCAAGAAAAAUUAACAAAAUUGCAAGCGCAAAUAAAUCAAGAAGUUGAGAAUAAAAAUCAAUUGACAGUUGUCGUAGAUGAAUAUGAAAAAUCGAUAAGUCGAUUACUCACAGAAAAAGAAAGGGAUCGUGCUAAUUUUGAGCAAGAAAAGUCUAAAGUACAAGAAGAACUUCAAGCUACAAAUCUUCAUCUUAGUAACACGGAAGCUGCAUUUAAUGAUGUUCAUUUAAAAUAUGAAAGGCUCAAGGGAGUCGUUUCUGCAUAUAAAAAUAACGAAGGAGUUUUGAAAGAAAGUAUCCAAGAAAAUUUGGAAACAAUAAAGUCUUUAGAAAAUCGUUAUGAUCAAUUAAAAACUCAUGCCAUGUCGCAAUUAAGAAAGGCCAACCUAGAAUUAGUGGAUAUACGAAAACAACACGAAGCCGAGACGGUAAAGUUGCAUGCGAUGGUGAGGAAAGCUGAAUUGAAAAGUAAUUCGCUCGCUGAAAUAGUAGAGCAAAAAACAAAGGAGAACAAAGAACUUACACAAAUAUUAGAUGAACUGAUUGCCAGGGUCGGUCGACAAAAUGCAGAAUAAGGAGAACUAAAAAAGUUUUAUAGAAUUAAUUUAAUAUCUCCUGAAUCCCUAUCGCAAUUAGUCUGUAUUAGUCUUUAUUUCUUCCCUCUUUAUUAGUCUUUAUUUUUUUACUCGCCUUAAUUAUAUUAAAUAUAUAUAUAUAAAAAAAUCUUAUGCUAGAUAUGUCGCUAAAAUAUAUAUUAAUCUAUUUACUGAUAUAUAUAUAUAUAUGACUGCUAAUACAUAUCAAUUGUAUUGAGCAAAAGUAUUCGUACGGCGCAGAUAAAAUUGAUAUAUAUUAGCAAUAAAAAAAUUGUAUAUUUCAUAAUUUAUAAAUAAUAAAGCAAAGGUAUCACUUUGAAAUAGAACAAAACAGAA